AUGUAGAAAUAAGAGCAAUCCCAAUUGUCAACACUACAAAGUUUUGGAGAUAUUUCACCAGUGCCUGAAGAAGAUGACACUGAGAUUAAGACUAUUUUUACAUCUCCAUUAACAACAAAGAAUUCACAAAGAGCCUACUCAUUUUAAUUUUCAUAAAAAAUAAGAAAAACACCAUAAGUUCUAGAAUUAACUGAGAAGCUAUAUUCUUGGAAUUCUUAUUUAACUAAAAAGUUUGCUGAAAGUCCAACAAAAUUUUGA